CAUCAGUUCGCAGUCUUUGCUUUAUUGUAAGCGGCUGGUGGAAAUAAUCUAUUAGACGCAGAAAGUCAAAAAUGGUGCAGAUACUGGUUUUCGUUGGAUUGACCUUUUUGGUAGUGGCUAGUGCACAUGAAAGCUAUCUCCCUAAUUCAAGGCAUCCAGAUGUGCAGGACAAAUGUUUCAUUAAAGAAACUGGAGAUUUUAUCGAAUUCGAUAAAUCAUUGAAGCCUAUUGGAAAAUGUGUUAGAUACACUUGUCGAGAUGAUUUCGUCGUUCAAGUCAAUGAAUGUUCUCGAUAUAUGCAACCAGAUAACUGUGAGAUAUUGCCCCGCGACUUGAAGCAACCAUUCCCCGACUGUUGCCCCAAAUUGAGCUGUAUCGAUAAUGAUGGUAAUAUUGAAAUAAGGAAUACGAGUGCAUGAUGAGAUUACCGUAAUGCUACCCUGGUGUGGAGUUCACACACGUCUACACAAUACAUUUACUUGUGAAUACAAAGAUACAGUGAUUAAAUUAAAUUUAAGAAUGAAAUAAAAUAAGUUAAAUUUCUA